GUAAAUAUCAAACUCUCCAGACAAUUCGACCGUUGAAAUCGCGGGAAACAUCUGGAAACCGGUGGAAUAGAUUGAAACCGGUGCCAUUCGCGAUCCUAUUUAAGUCUUCUAGCUUUUCCGAACUUCACAAUCUCAGAACGGAGUAAGAAACAACGAUCGAAAAGGAAGCGCUCUUCGGAAUUAAGUAGCGGAAUUUCUCGGGUUGGUGGAUCGAUUUUCUGCGCCGGUAACUCAGUCAUCAGGAUCUGUGGAUUGUUCGGAAGGGUUUUGUUUUUUUUCUUGGUCUUGCGUUUCUUUCUGCUAAUUGAGAGAUUUCUUUGCUUUCUUCUUCUCUGCGUAGUCUCUGAACGAAGGCCUUUAUUCCAAUAACGGGAGAUGGAUCCUAUAUAUAAGAACAUGCAGUCAUAUCCCUACCAGAAGGAUCAACUACAUUAUGGGCCUGGUUAUUAUCCAGGAAAUGAAGCUGUCCCAAUGCCAAUGUAUGUGAAUCCUGUUCAACCUCCUCCGAUGAAUCACCAAUGUUGGCCGUGGGCCAGCAACUACGGCUACGUGCCUCCGGUAGCAUGCCAUGGUUGCUGUAACCAUACUUAUUUCCCAAACCAUUAUGCUUGGGGAUCUCCUUAUUCUCAUGUGCCACCUGUUCAUUGUCCUGGAACUUAUCCUCCUUUUCCAGUUCGGUAUGCUCCUCCACCGAGUUAUCCAAUGGAGCAGCCACGGUAUGAAUAUGAAAAAAUUGUGCCCAGGGAUCAUCAUUGUUGCGGGUGCCCUAAUCAUAUACCCAACCAGAAACAACAGAAAAAUGUAAGGAUUGAAGAGGAAGAACCUGAUGGGGAAAGGGGGAAGAAUGACUCUCUGGUUCCAUUUCAAUUAAAAAACAAACCUCCGCAUAUUGUGUGGCUUCCACGUGAUUACAGUAACAAUAGAGAGCAUGGGAUGGUUAAUAACUCGGAGGGUCUGAAAGGUGGGUCCGUUAACGUGCCGCCCCAUGAUAAUGGGAAAACUGUUGAGCAGCAGCCAGCUUUCUGGAAUGGAUGGUAUCCUGUUGAUUUGAAUAAUCUGGUAUCGUCAAAGCCAAGGGGAGAUGGAGAAAGAAACCAUUCUCAGCAAGAUAAUGGUAAGGGAAGUUUUCCAUUUCCAUUACUCUGGAUACCAUAUAACGCCGGGCAACACGAAAAUGAAGGAAACAAGGUGAACGGUGCCAAUAUGAGACAGAGCUUCGGAUCACAGAAGAGUUCUGGCAGUGAGCAAAACUCCACUAUCACUGGAGAUAAAAUUGGUGGCCAAUCUUCCCCUCGGGCAAAAGAUAUCCCUGUGAGGGAAGUGAAGCAACAGGAGGAUAAGGAUAUUUCCAGUAACAAGGAUAAAGAAAGAGAUGCCUCUAUGAAAGGCACCCCUGAUAAUGGAGCAGUGAAACUUGAUAAUGGAGAAAAGAAGGAUCCUAAAGAUGGUGCUAAGAGAAAGUCCACUUCUCCUCCUAAAUCACCGAAGCUACCUCCUGUCUGUUUGCGAGUUGACCCCUUGCCCAGGAGGAAAAGUGCAAAUGGAACCUCACGUUCUCCAAGUCCUCCCGGUGACAAACAGAAUCCAGACAAGCCUUCCAAUAAAACAAGCAAGGCCCAUAAUCCAUCAGAAAGUAAAGAGCCAGAUAACAUCCAUAAGGAUGAAUUUAAGAAAGACAAGGGGCAAAAAACCAUUGAGGUUGUUGAUGGGAAAACCCCGCAAGGAAAAAGCAGGGAUGCAAACAUGGAAACACGUAUCGUUGUUCCUCCCAAGUCGGAAGAAAUUUCAAUCAAUAAAAGAGAGGAAAAAUCUGAAGAGGAAAAUAUUUCUCAGAAACAAGCUGAAACUGAUGCAGAAGUUACCAGAGGUCACAUAGAAGAUGCUGAAUCUGCAAGAGGGAAGAAUGAAGAAUCAUUCAGAACUGAAGAAGUGGGAGCAGAUGAAGUAAAGGAAUCUAGUAAAACAAAACUGUCGGAGGAGGAAGCAGCUGUCAUUAUUCAAUCAGCUUACAGAGGCUUUGAUAUACGCAGGUGGGAAUCCAUAAAGAAGCUGAAACAGAUAGCCAAAGUGCGAGACCAGAUAGAUGAGGUAAAGCAUCUUAUUCAAGCCAUGGAAUCAUCUCCUGAUAGCCAAGGCCAUAGCAAGCAAAGGAACAUUAUUGCAGAAACUAUAAUGAGCCUUCUGCUAAAACUGGACAUGGUUCAGGGGUUGCAUCCGAGCAUCAGGGAAGUCAGAAAAUCUGUGGUGAGAGAGCUUGUGAGUCUUCAGGAGAAACUCGACUCCUUAACGAAUGAAUCUGAAAAUACAUCUGGAAAGGAGUCAGUCACAAGACGGAAAGGAGAUGCUUUGAACAAGACUGACAAGGUUAUAUCAUCCCAGAAUGCAGAUGAAAAGCCAUCUCAUUUAUUGGAGGUACAACAGAACCAGCUUGAUAGAGGAUCAAACUUUGAGAACUUGCAAAGUUUUGAGGCAACUCCAAUUGCUUACCCAUCUGAUUUAUUGGAGGCACAAGAGAGCCAGCUAGAUAGAGGAUCUAACUAUGAGAACUUGCAAAGUUUUGAGGCAACUCCAACUGGAGAAGAGCAGUGUGAAAAAGAGAAGGAAGCUGCAGAGUCAGUGUCAGAGCUAGCAAUCGAGGGUGAAGAUGAGAUGAGCAAUGAAGUGCAUCAAAGUGGAGAAGAGCAGUGUGAAAAAGAGAAGGAAAAAGCAGAGUCAGUGUCAGAGCUUACGAUUGAGGGUGAGGAUGAGAAGAGCAUUGAAGUGCAUCAAAAUGUUGUGUCCUCAAUCGAGGAAGCUGAUGAGCCUGGGCAAAGCUCUGAAACGCCACUUCUGCAGAAUGAGUCCUCAGGCGCAGGCGCUGAUUUUGUUCCAGCUCAUGAUGACAGGCUUGAAAGUGAAUCAACUGAGCUUCCGCUAGGAGUACUUGGCGAAAGCAAGAAUCACAGAGAGAUUGAUGGGGAAACAAGCAAAGAUGGUGAUUUCAAGCAGCCAGUGGAAGGGCUUGUUGAAGAACAUAUUGCGCCAGAAUUCCAUGAAGACACCGCUGGUGAAGAAAAUAAAGAGCACAUUGCUUCAGAAUCACAUGAAGACACCCUAGGUAAAGAAAAUAAAGAGCAUGUCGAAUUGCACAAGUUAUUGAAUCUUCCCCCUAGUGAAGUUAAUGUCCAAUCAGACGCAGAAGAAACUAGUCCAACCAAUGAACCUUUGAACAACUGCAAGUUGGAUAUCAAGUCUAGAACAGAGGAGGAAGUGGAUGACAAAGCUGAUGGAGGUGCAGUUCUUCCACCAGAGAAUGUCAAUGCUGCCAUGUGCAAGUCUUCAGAAGCCUCUGAUAAGGAGAUAGUUCUAAUACCGGAAUCUUGCAAGGGAGAGGUUGCAGCUUGCAACAUCUUACGUGAUGAUUUUCAGAAUGAUACUAAAACCUCAGCAGAAGAGGUACUAGAUGCACCUACAGAAAAUGAAACACCUUGUCAGCCGCCUCGAGAAGGUAUCUCAGAGCAGGAAAUAAGUCCCAUCAAUGAGACUGUAAACACUUAUGAGGCGGCAAUUAUAACUAAAGUCAAGGAGACGGCUGAAGACAAAUCUGAAGUGGACAAAGCUGAUUCGGGUGAGUGCUACUGCUACACUCGACAAACAGAAAGUGUCUAUGCAGGCAUAUAUGAUCAUGAAGGUCAAAUGAUGGAAGCUUGUCGGGAAGAGAACGAAACGCGGUUAGACACAACAGCAAUGGAAGCCUCAACCAGAAAAGGUCGAGAAGAUAUCACGGAGCACUCUUUGCCACCAAAAGAUCUGGAAGAGCAGGGCCUUGAAGAUGCGAUUGACAAUGAGGACCAAAAUACUACUCAUGAUGGGAUGGAUGUCGCCUCAGAUGGAGCUAAAGACAUGUCCAUUACUCAGGUUGAUCCUAGUGUGAGGCAGGUUUCACCUGCAAAGGAUGAGCUAACCGAGAACAAUAAGAAACUGAUGGAAGAGAAUGAAAGGUUGAGAGACAUGAUGCAGAAAUUGAUAAAAUCAGGUGAAGAGCAGCUGACUGCGAUAUCGAGUCUCUCAGGACGAGUUAAGGAUUUGGAGAGGAGACUAUCAAGGAAGAAGAAAUUGAAGUUGAAACAAUGUAAAGCGCCAAGAUCAUCGGCUGAUGGCUCUGCCAAACAGAGAACUCUUGGGGUGGCCAUGUAAGAGCUGAGUUCAUUCAUAUGUAUGUUGCUAGAGUGUUGAAUUCGGCUGAGAGUCUUAUGUAUUGUGUGUUUUUCAACGUAAUAAAAGGUUUUCAACACCUUCUUCAUCAGCUU